UCAACGGUCAUCUUCUCUGCAUCCCCCCUUCUUCUUCCCUCUUUCCUCACAUUUUGAACUCAAAAUUUCAAAAACUCACUCUCUUCCUCUCUCAAAUUCUGUUUUUCUCUCUCCUAACACCGUAACACGAAACUCUUAACAGCAGAUAACAUCAACUCAAAAAAAUUGAGCAAAAAAAUGUCGAUGAGUUCAGUUAGAAAUCUGCUCAACAUAUCUCUCUCAUCGAAACGGCAAUCGAGUUUGAAGAGAUCACCACUAUCCACCGUGAAAUCGCAUUCUUUCACCGACGAAAAUGUACCUCCAGUUGAUCCCAACAUUCAACCAAUUGAACCCCAAUUUCCCCUUUUAUCAAACCCUAAAAAAUCACCCUCUAAGCUCUCAUUUUCUCACAGUAAAGUUCUUAAAUCUUCCAGAUCAGACCCAAUUCAGGAACAUUCUACUGCUCCUGAUCCCCCAGUUAAGGUGGUGGUGAGAAUUAGACCCAAGACUGUUAAUGAAAAGUUAGGCGAUCCGACAAUCAGGAAAGCUUCUGAGGAUUCCGUGUCCAUCGGUGACCGGGAAUUUAGUUUUAAUUCGGUUCUUGAUUCGACUUCCAAGCAGGAAGACGUUUUCGACUUAAUUGGUGUCCCAUUGGUGAAGGAUGCAUUAGCAGGAUAUAAUGCUUCCAUAUUGUCUUACGGGCAGACUGGAAGUGGUAAGACUUACACAAUGUGGGGGCCGCCGAGCGCCAUGGUCGAGGGUCAGUCACCUAGUACUCAGCAGGGAAUUGUACCGCGUAUCUUCAAGAAGUUGUUUAUUGACAUUGAGAGAGAAAAGGACAAUUCUGACGAUAAACAGAUAAAUUAUCAGUGCCGUUGUUCAUUUCUUGAGAUAUAUAAUGGACAAAUUGGGGAUUUACUUGAUCCCACACAGCGAAAUUUGAAGAUAAAGGAUGAUGCCAAGAAUGUGUUUUAUAUUGAGAAUUUGACUGAGGAGUAUGUAACAAGCUACGACGACGUUACUCAAAUUUUGAUCAAGGGGCUUUCUAGUCGAAAAGUUGGUGCUACAAGCAUAAAUUCUAAGAGUUCUAGAUCUCAUAUUGUAUUUACCUGUGUAAUUGAAUCCUGGUGCAAGGAAACUCCAUCAAGUAACAUCAGCAGUUCAAAAACUAGCCGAAUCAGCUUUAUUGAUCUUGCUGCAAUGGGAAGAGAUAAACAAAUUGAUGCCGGAAGAGAGUUUGAAAGGGAACGAAAAGAACUGAAGAGUUCUUUGUCACACCUUGGGCACUUGGUAAAUAUCUUAGCAACAGGAACUCAACCAGAUGAUCUUAUGUACAGAGAUUCCUGUUUGACGCAUUUACUACAACAAUCACUUGGUGGCAAUGCCAAACUCUCUGUCAUCUGUAACAUAUCUCCUGAUAUAAAAAAUUAUGUUGAGACACUGAGCACACUCAGGUUUGGGCAACGAGUAAGAUCCAUUCAAAACAAGCCAGUCAUUAAUGAGAUAACAGAAGAAGAUAUGGAUGAUCUAACGGAUCAAAUCCGUCAGCUUAAGGAAGAACUUAUCAGAGCAAAGCUAAAUGUUCCCUCAGCUGGCUCAGAGAAUGGACAGUUAGCAGGGAGAAGUAUUCGUGAAAGCAUGAAUCUACUGAGAAUCAGCAUAAACCGCUCCUUGGUAUUACCUUCAAUAGAUAAUGAGAUUGAAGAACAGGUCAACGCUGAUGAGACUGAUGUCACAGAAUUGUGUAAACAUCUUGAUAACUUGCACAGAUCCUGUGAAGAGAUUCCAAAUAAUGACAUGUCCAUGUCUUGCGACAGUGAUGAUAGCGUUGAAUUUUCGUCUGUGCGAGGAAGCUGUGAUAGCUAUUUCACAAGUGAACACGAAAUCAAUUGUUUACAUGAAUCAGUAGACGUUAGUUCUGAUCAGGCACUGCAGUGUAGUGAUCAUGCUUCUAGAAGUAGUAUGUCUAUCAGUUCAUCUCGUCAUUCUUCAGCCUUUGAAGAGCCAGCUUUAUCCGAGUCACCAAAAAUCAAGAAUAUUCAAAGAAAAAGCAUUGUUACUUCACCAAGUCUUCUGGUUGAGCAGAACAAUGUUAUGGAGAGCACCAAGUUUUGUGCAGAUGUUCCUCCAAUGAAGUCAGUCAGACAAAGUGAGCCAAUGCUGCGAUCAUCUUUAAGGUCAAGCAAGAUGUUUUCAGGAACUACUGAAUCUUUGGCUGCUAGCUUAAGAAGAGGCUUAGAAGUUAUUGAUACUCAUCAUCAGCAGCACAAUUUGUCAAAGUCUUCUGUUGCUUUCUCCUUUGAACACUUGAUGUUGAAAGCAUCUCCAGCAGUUGAUAAAGCAGUUCGUGCUUCUGUUCAAACAUUAUCAGUUGGUAGGCCAUCAAUUGAUGGAUCACCUUCUUCCCAUAUAUGCAUAUCUUGUCGUCAGGGGAAGGAGACAGAUGCUGCUCUAACCAUUGAUGGGCAGAAGGACCUUGAGAAAGUUUGCAGUGAACAAGCUGCUAAAAUUGAGGAGCUCAAUCGUUUGGUGGAGCAGUUAAGACAUCCACAAGAGAAAGAUAUUGCUCAAGAAAGUAGCCAAGAGAUUGAAGACAAGGAUCAAGAACUUGAAAUCAUAAAAGAAACAUGCAACAUUGAGGACAAGCGCGAGACAUCAUUAUCCUUUGAUAUGAGAGAAAAGGAAGAACUUCUGAUAGAAAUCCAGCUUCUGAAGAGCAAGUUACAGGCUUAUACUACUGCUGAUGCAGUUCCACACAAGUCCAUUGACAAGCUAAGGUCAUCUUUGUUAUCCCGUUCCAUGCAAUUACGGAAAAGCAUGAGCUCCCAGUUCAACAAUGCCGAAGAGUUGGAGAAGGAGCGAGAGAGAUGGACUGAGAUGGAGAGUGAGUGGAUUAACUUGACUGACGAACUAAGAAUUGACAUUGAAGCUCAUCGUCAACACGCUGAGCAGGUGGAGAUGGACUUGGAACAGCAGAAGAAGUACACAGAGGAAUUAGAUGAUGCCCUUCAUAGGUCAGUGCUUGGCCAUGCAAGAUUUGUGGAACAUUAUGUUGACUUACAAGAGAAGUACAAUCAUUUAUCAGAGAGUCAUAGAAGGAUAAUGGAAACUGUAACUGAUGUCAAGAAAGCAGCUUCAAAGGCGGGAGCUAAAGGUAGUGGUGCUCGCUAUGCUAAGGCUUUUGCAGCUGAGCUUUCUACAAUGAGGGCAGAAGAGAAGAGAGAGCGAGAACGGUUGAGAAGGGAGAAUAAAAGCCUUAGAUUACAGCUCAGAGAAACUGCUGAGGCUGUUCAAACUGCUGGUGAGCUACUAGUUCGACUCAGAGAAGCUGAGGAAGCUGCUUCAUUUGCUGAGUCGAAUCUGAGUGAUCUUCAGCAAGAGCAUGAGAGGUUGAGGAAGCAAAUGGAGAAACAGAAGAACAAACACAAGAUGGAAAUGGUAACAAUGAAACAGUACAUGGCUGAAAGUAAAUUGCCAGAAUCUGCAUUGAGGCCUGCAGUACAUUACGACGAGCCACUUCCCACCAGCACUUUUACAGCUCAAGAUGAUGAUGAUGCUUGGAAAGCAGAAUUUGGAGCCAUAUAUCAAGAACACCACCACUACUGAUUACUGAUUACUCAAGUCUCUGUGCAUUUGGGUUUUAGAUGUUGCUAAAUUUGAUAAUGCCUUUGACCCUUCUUGGGUCAUGGUGGUAUUCUGGUGUUGUACAAACCAACCAUGUCAAUCUCCAAUUCAGUUGGGGGUCACUAUGAUGAAUUUGUUGUCAAAUUGCCCAAGAACAAGGGAUAAUAACGAUGCCCAUUCUUUGAUUGAUUUAUUCGAUUACGAUGUUUUAA